AUGCACGCGCUUGAACACCCGGCCGAUGCCGCCGAUCGCGCGCGCGCGCACGUCCAUUCCCUCUCUGCGCGGCUCGUCUCCGACGAGACCAUUAUGCAGUACCAGCACUCAGCACUCAGUACUCAGUGCUCACCCCGCGUGCGCAGAACCCUCGGGCGGAUCACGACGAGCACCGCGCACUCGCCGGCAAAGUGCCCCACCCGAGACAUUCCCCAGCAUUCCCCGCACGAGCACACCAUCGCGCGCCGUAGCCGAGGGUGGAUCGCCGGUCCCGACGCGCCGCGCGACCGACAGGCUGGCUGCCAUAGUGGCCCCCCACACAUGCCGGGUGGAGGCUCUUUCUGCACGGAGCGGGUUAUUAUAACGCUGCACGCAUACAACACUAGCGCUGGUUGGGUGGCACUGCACGCUCGGCGCCAGAUGGGCACGCGUACUAGAGACCCGCACCUGCCUCCAAAAUCCGAUCCAGAAGACGCACAGAAGACUAUACCAAAGUUCAAGCGAGCCGGGGGCGGCUACUUCUCCAUCUCCAGCCUCGCGCCAAGCCCCGCGACGCGCUAG